AUGAUUGUGGGGCAAAAAGAAACUCGCGGCACAUCCUUAGAGGGUCGACCAACUCAUGCCUUCUCGGACUGUGCGCCGGCCGCGAGUCAGAGACCACUGGUCUACUUGACAUCGUCACGACCAGCCCAAUUGGCCAAGCGACAACUCGGCUCCGGCCAGCAUCAACCAGAAGAGAGAUUCAAAGCCGGCCGAAGGGAUCAAUUGAUGCUCGACCAACCAGCCUGUCAGACCGAGAUGGUUCGAGAGCACUACAUGCUGCCGAAUGGUGGUGGCCUAGUGUCUACAUCGAAAUCGGUGUUGACGUUGACGUUGGCGUUGGCGUUGACGUUGGAGUUGGCGUCGGUAGGGAACUGCUUUGAGGUGGCAAGUCGCGGCAGCGAAGCGCGUCGGCAGCGCCGGAUCGAGGGCGGCAGUAGACAGCCGGUGGACGCUUUUCUGCCGCUGCCGAACCAGCGUCAGCAGGUUAUCAUCAUGCUCAUCAUGUACACCGUCUGCCUGACAACCGGCAUCCUCCUUGUCGGUAUCAGUCUGGUGGUCAGCGCUCGAAUACGCGAACGCCUCCGCAUCCUCACGCUGGGUCCCUCGUCGGCCCAGCGUGGCCACCGCGACCAGUCGACCUUGGCGACGGCAAAAGCGACGGCAAAAGCGACGGCGACGGCG